CAGUCUGAUUCACUCCAUCGGCGUGUGUUGGAUUGGAUCGUAGUUGGAGGAAGCACUCGCCGGGCGUUGAGACACUGUUUUCUGGCUUCUGAAAUUCGUAGCACGGCCUGAACAUACGACGGCGACGACUGCGCCACGCUCACAGGCAACAUAGGGAAACGGCGUCAUCCAAAUGCUCUACAGCAAACGUCCCUUCAAAACAAACGGAAUCAGGUGUUGAUAGCUGGCCUCCUCUGGCGGUAGCAUCAUUAGCUCGCUAUUCUCCGACCAAAGCAGGACAACGGCUCUUCCUAGCUGGCUUCUCCUGUAGACUGCGCCUGCCUUGCUGUUUCUUACGGUCGCCACUACCGCCAGGAACAUCACACCCACCUCUCCCCGGCCCCUUUACCUCUUGCCCCUGCCCCGCCAAACGAAACACUGGAAAUCCACAAGCGGCCGGAGAGCGGCGAGCGGCCGGCGAAGCUGGGGGUGCUACCGGACACGCAGGGAGUCGUCACGGCUGCGGACAAGCACACUUGCCGUGUGGAGCUACCGACGGGUAUGGACGGGCUUGCCGUGGAAGUCCGAGGCUCUAACGGGGCCUUUUACAAGGGUUACCUCAAAGAUGUCCACGACGACUCGCUCACAAUCGUGUUUGAAAACAACUGGCAGCCAGAAAGACAGUUGCCCUUCAGCGACGUGCGGUUGCCUCCUCCGACCGACUUUAACAAGGAGAUUGGAGAAGGAGAGGAAGUGGAGGUUUACUCACGAGCUAACGAACAGGAGCCAUGUGGCUGGUGGCUGGCGAGAGUCAGAAUGAUGAAGGGAGAGUUCUACGUCAUCGAAUACGCAGCGUGCGACGCCACAUACAACGAGAUUGUCACAGCAGACCGCAUCAGACCCCUCAACCCAAACAGCCCAUCCUCUCGAAACUCCUUCCACAAAGUCACUGUUGCAGUUCCAGAAGACCUGAGAGACAUCUGUUUGAACGACAGCAUUCAUAAAGACUUCAGGAAAGCCAUCGGAGCCAACUGCAUUUUCUACAGUGCGCAAACACAUGAGCUCAUCGUGCUGUCCACGAAUGAAACUACAGUCAAGCGUGCCACUCUCCUUAGCGACAUGCAUUUUCGCAGUAUUCGCACCAAACUAAUGCUAAUGUCCCGUAACGAAGAAGCCACCAAACAUCUGGAGACGAGUAAGCAGUUGGCCUCAGCGUACCAGGAGGAGGUCAGAGUCAGGGAGGAUCUGAUGGGGCUCGCCAUUGGCUCUCACGGCGCCAACAUCCAGCAGGCUCGCAAAGUUCCUGGUGUCACUGCCAUUGAGCUUGAGGAGGAGAGCUGUACUUUUAGGAUCUAUGGAGAGACUCCUGAGGCAGUAAAGCAAGCCAGAGAGUAUCUCGAGUUCAAAGAAGACUACUUUCAGGUACCCAGGAACCUUGUAGGCAAAGUCAUCGGCAAGAACGGCAAAGUUAUCCAGGAGAUCGUGGACAAGUCCGGGGUGGUUCGUGUCAGGAUCGAAGGAGACAACGACAAAAAACUUCCUCGGGAGGAGGUAGGCAGGCAGGGGGCAGGCAGGGACGACACUGCCAGCAGCAAAGAGGGCAUGGUUCCAUUCGUCUUUGUGGGAACCAAAGAGAACAUCAGCAACGCUCAAGCGCUGCUGGAGUACCACGUGUCUUACCUGCAGGAAGUGGAGCAGCUGCGCCUGGAGCGCCUCCAGAUUGAUGAGCAGCUUCGUCAGAUUGGCGUUGGCUACCGCACCCCCCCAACCAGACCUGGGGCUCCCGCUGCCGAGAGGGAGAAAGGCUACUUGACAGAUGAGAGCAGUAACUCUCUGCACACCUCUCGCACCUAUGGUGGUCGUGGCAGAGGGCGGCGGGCUUCCAACAGCCAGUACUCUGGAUAUGGGACAAACUCUGAGAUGUCCAAUGCCUCUGAGUCAGAGGAUGCAGCCGAAAGAGAACAGCGUCCUCGAGGAAUUGGCGGUGAAGAAAGAGGAUCCCGGAGGGGGGGCAGGGGCCGCGGCUCCAGUUCUGGACGAGGUCGGGGUGGAACUGCACCCAGGCCUACUAACUCGAUCAGCUCAGUUCUGAGGGACCCAGACAGCAACCCUUACUCUCUGCUGGAGGGAGAGGGUGAGCUCGCAGACGCGGAGGGAGGCGACAGCAUGCAAGGAGAACGUCGCAGACGCUCAAGGCGCCGUCGCAAUGACCAGGAACCUAGUGUGAUCGAUGCCGCUGCCGAGUCAGACAGCCAGGGCGGCCCUAGUGAGAAUGGACUGGAUGAUGAAGGCCGACCUCAGCGUCGCAACCGCAGCCGACGCCGCCGUAACCGUGGCAGUCGCCCCGAGGGAGGCUCAGCCAGCCGUGACAGACAACCAACUGAGACUGUGACUGUCGCUGAUUACAUCUCCCGAGCCGAGUCCCAGAGCAGACAGAACCUGCCCCAGAAGGAGAACCACGCUGGCCAAGAGCCCAAGGAAAAUGGGACCAGCGUCAAGAAGGAAGAGCGAACGCCCUCCAAGCGUUCCCCCAGUAACGGCAUAGCCUCCACCAACGAGACUGUGGCUCUGGUCAACGGGGUCUCAUAAUCGUGCGACCUUGCCCCUAGCAAACGAAGUCUAGAGCAAGACUUGACGGCAAACUGUGUCCCUGCUUGCAUUAAACCUUAAACAGAUGAGUGACAAAAAUACCCGAAACAUUACCUAUGAGAGUGAAAAAGUACAAAAAAACGACUUCUACGUGAAAACACACGGUGUAUGCUAUCCUAUCUAUCAGUACUUAGUGCUUAUUUAAAAAACAACUAGCUUGCCAAAAUAAGAGCUGGUGGAUACGACCUGAUCUUUACUGAAACACACGCAACAGGACUAGACUUUUGUUUUGUUUGUUUUUGAAAUCUUUAUCUGUGUCUCUUUUGUUUUUGUUUUUUUUAUGUUUUGUUCAUUGUUGAUCACUGGUUUGGACUUGGGCGGUCGCUCUCUCAUCCAAACUGUACGGUUAAGAGCGAAAGUGGAGGAGAAGUGGAGAGGUGACGCUUCGGGCGGAGAGUCCAAGAGCUGAUGAUGCGAGUUCGCACACUGAACAGAAGAGAUUGGAAUAUUUCUAGACAUUGUGCCUUGAAUUUGAAGAAAAAACACUUGAGUUUUUCAAAUAUUAUUUUUGGGGAUUCCUGACAGGAAAAGCAGAGGGUGUUUGGUCUCCAUGGAAAGUAAUGAGUGGUGCCAAACACCAAAUUCAAGGCGCUUGUUUUCAUUCCGAGUAGAAUCAACAGCGCUGGGUAGGUCUUUGUUUGGUGGUGUAGUGAGGAUGCGACAAAAACCCGAGGGCCUGUGUCUGUUUCGGGUCUUAGAGGGUCCGGGAUGGAACGGGACGGGCCGCGACAACAAACUUGAACAAGUAAAAUCCGGAGAACUAUACCGUGCCUCUUUCUCUGUGUGGGAGGAGGCAGGCAGGGCUAGCUUCCAGCCACACUAGUGUCUUGAUUUAAAGAAAUAAAUAAAUAUAAAAAAAAAAACAGAAGCAGCAGCAGCACACAAGGGAGACCAUUGCUAUGUGCUGCACAGGGGUGAAGGGAGGGCGAGACCUGCGGAACUGUAGGAUGAAGGACAGCUUCGAAUAAGAUGAGAGCCAGUUGACACACAGGACCGUACACACAGGAGUUAGCAAAAGUCACAAGACACCAAGUAGAUAAAAGAACAAAAUGAGGUCUUUUUAGUUGGCGGUUCUGGUUCUGGUGAGGAACGCCUGUGGCUCUCAGCUCAUGUUGUCACUGUUGUCUUGCUCUCAACUUUCUUCUGUUGCUAUUUCCACAUCCUAGAAGACGAGGAGGAAGACAAGAAAUGUUAAAUAAAAAAUUGAAGUGAAAUUGACUUUCUUCAACCUUGAUUUCUCUUGUCUGGUGCCGAUUACUUUCUCGCCUGCAUGGUGUUUGGGUCGGGUCGUCGGUGUGCAUGAAGAGAGGCCGUCUCUGACUCACAAGCCAUCGUCUGCUGCUGCUAACGUACACGCUGAAUGUCCCACUAACUGGAAGAGAGUACUUGUGAUUUAAGCAUUUCUUCCCCUCCCCUUUAGCUCAUCUGCCCAAGACCAUUGAGUAUUAAAGGGCAAUUCCAUGCAUGCCAUGUGAGCGUCCACAUGACCAAAGGUUUAGAGAUGAUUGGACGAUUCCUGAUGCUGCUGUUUCUGCUCUUGUGUGUUUUUAGAGGACGCUGGAGCACUCGAGUGUUUGUACCUUAAAGGUUUAGUUGCAUGUGAGUGAGUCACCUGUGCGUUUGUUUACCUGGACUGUGUGAGUACUGUAACGCCACCCCUCCCCACUGUCCUGUGUGAGACUGUGUGAGUGUGUGCUGUACAGUCGACUCCUUAAUCUGUCCGAAUUUUGUCUCUGGUUUUUCUCACUCAUGUUCUGAUGGCAAUAAAGGACUUUUCAUUGUUUGGUAGAUAUUUUUCAUUUAUUUUGUCUUUUGGUACACUCCAAUUACUUUUAUGGCAGUUUUUUAAAA